AUGGUAGCGAUGGCCGCCCGCGCCGCGUUGGCGGCAUGCGCCGGCAGGGCAGCCCUGGCGAUGCACACCUCGCUCUACAGCCAGCCAGAUGGGGCACUCCCUUCCGUCGCAGGCGGUGGCUCCAGCCUCGAGGCGGGGGCCGAGGGCCACGCGAUUCCGAUCGACGGCGCUCCUGCGGUCCAGACCGGCACGGCGGCCAACGGCCUCGAGCAGCACCGCCGCCAGAAGGAGCAGGCCCUGUGGCUCGGCGGGAGGUCGCGGCAGGUCAUGACGAACCACAACGACGUCCAGUACGUUGGCUUCGUCGAGGUGGGGGGCCAGACCAUAUCGGGCAUCUUCGACACGGGCUCCUUUGAGCUGGUCGUGUUCUCCGCAGUUUGCCAGACGUGCGGCGUGGCGGGCAGGUACGACCCCGCGCUGAGCGCGAGCCACAGGCGAGGUAACCUCACGUCCAGUCAGGGAUACGGCAGCGGCACCGUGAGCACGCAGGAUGCCUCCGACAUGGUCUCGGUCGGGCCUUACGGGCCCAAGAACCAGUCCUUCUGGGAGGUGACCGAUGCCAAUAUGCCGGUGCUGGCUAACUCGGAGUUUCAGUGCAUCAUCGGUCUCGGCCCCCCAGAGACACCGGCCAUAGACGCCGAUCUUCGCCUGGCGAAGAUUCUCGAGAGCAAAUCCAGCUACACCGACGCGGGGAUGCCGCUGCCUUCCGAUCUUCUGAAGUCAGAGGAAAACGUGAGGGCGGUCAAGUUGGCGAUGGAGAAGAAGAGCAUGGUCGUGGAGAACUUCGACGCGACCCUGUUCUCGAUAUGCGUCGGCAAACAACCGAACUCGAACGGGUACUUGAUCUGGGGCGACACCGCGCCACUGGUCAAGCCCGAGUACUUCUUGCGCGUGAAGGUGGCGGGCAACCACACCUGGAGCGUCACUCUGGAUGAACCUACGCUUGUCUACGACCCGACAGCCAAGGACAGGCAGUUCGACGAGGGCAAUAAGUUCGCAGGCAGGGCGAUCGGCUGCCCAGACGGGUGCGGGGCGCUUCUGGACAGCGGCACCUCGCUCUUGGCGGUGCCCGCCAGUGUGCUCCACGAUCUCGUCAUGCUGACGCUCGAGCCGGGGUUCAACUGCAGUAAUAUGUGGGAGUUGCCUUCGAUCAAGUUCAAGCUUGGCGGCCAGGAGGUCAUCCUGCCCCCCGACUCCUAUAUUUCGGAGGUGCAGAACGAGGCCAUCGUGCCAUCGUAUCUCCAGAGCUUCGUGCGUCUGCGCAGGCUUGGGCCCGCGAGGGAUCUGGGCUCGCAGGAGCUCGGCUCCUACAGGGGCUCGGAGCGGCUCGGGCCUCGGAGGGGCCUCGACUCGCUCGGGCCUCGAAGAGAAAUGAACGCCCAGAGGCCAGGGGCCCGCUGCGACCUCACGGUGAUGGAGUCCAGGGCGAAAACCGCCCACGGCCCCUUGUGGAUUUUGGGCGUGCCCUUCUUCAGGCAGUACUACGCUACCUUCGAGGUCUCGGGCCGCUCCAGCGAGAACCGCGCCAUACACCUCGCCAGAGCCUCCGACACCUGCCACCCGGCCGCACCGUCAGAGAGCUCGAGGUUCCCGCCGCGGACGCAGCUCUACAAGCGCCUCAUCGAUCCCGCCAAGCUCUGGGUGCCGCCGUCCACCUACAGCGCACUCAGCGCCGACUACGUGUUUCUGUGA